AUGGGCGGUGAAAACGGGAGGCGAUUGAGUAUAAAUAUUGCUAAUCUGUCAGACAACUGGGGUGAGAAGCCUACAUCGCCUUUUCCAAUUGUGAAUUGUGAAAGAAUCAGCAUUAGUGAGACCAAGCAACAAGGAAAUGGAAGAAGCCCUGCAAAAAUUGCUCUGGUUGAGCCUCCGUUCAGGUUGGAGAAACCCCCCAUUGCUGAUUCCUCUCCGGGAUCAUUCAAAGAUGUUGCUCGCGAUCCCUUGGUGCUGACUGAGUCCCCUGCCAUCCAAGUGAUGGAAUGGCCUAAAGACUCUGAUCCCAACACUGCCCCAACGGACAGUCCAAACCGGUGGAGUCUUGAUUCGGGUGAUUCUUUGUUCAGCAUCCACAUGGAGAACGACGGUAUCUCCAAGGAGCGUUCGUUGAGUAUAAGUGGAGACAUUGGGGAACUAUCCCUGUCCGAAGCAUCUCUGCCUCGAAUAUCUCCCAAGUCAGGGGAGUUGCAUCAAUCAGUAAAAUCAUCACACACUUCCCCUGCUGCAGCAAAAGCCAUAGAGAAGUCGCAAAGGGACGUGAAAGAAGACGUUUCUCAUCAACCAACAUGUGAUCCUCCCGAGGCUUUCAUAAGAAUCCACACAGACUCAAAUCUCUCGAGGACGAGCAAGUCAGAAUGUCCAAUAUGUCGGUGCUUGUGCUGUGCUAGGAUGUGUAGCUGCAGCUGUGGCCAUUGGUUUCAUUGGCCAAGGUGUUCGAGUUGUUGCAUAAGUUGCCCUAGCUGCUGCAGUAAGUGCUAUAGUUCGAGUUCUGGCUGCUGCUACAAGCGGAACCGCGAGACAAAGAGAACCCGUCCUGUUUCUUCUUACGUGUUGAUGGGUAGGGGUGUAGCCAGUCCCAGAAAACAUAAGGUUUAAUUGGUUGUUUGAAGAAGUUUUUGGUGAAACCGUUGCCGAAAUUGGGAGCUCUAAACGGCACUAUUGUGUGCGUGUGUAUGUCAAGUAAGUAUCACUUUUAUUGAUGAUGAGAAGAUAUUUGACGGCUGCUAGUUAAAUUUGUAAUCUUGCACGUAUUAGAAUUUACAGAAACUGAAAAUCU